AUGUCCGGCAUCUUCAACUUCAGGACGAUGAAGAGGGAUGCUGCCAGGUCAUCGGGCGAGGACGACCAUGCUCGGCCCGUACCCUCGCAAAGUGACGGCACGGCAUAUUCAGCUUCAACAGUACCUCAGCUUGAAGCAGGGUCAUCCGCUCAAGCAGGCAAUGCUAGCACAACAUCAAUACCGAACAGCAAGGCGCCAUCUGGCGCCGGAUCGAAAUCCUUCUUCUCCGACUUGAUAGCCGACAAUCCCAUCUUCUCCGGCGGUCUAGGCUUGAUGGUGUUUGGUGGUGCGAUCGCCGUGGUCCGAAGAGGCGCCAAGGUAGCAGCUUCCACAGCGCAACGGAGACUACUGAUCUCCCUUGAGAUUCCGUCCAAGGAUCGGGCGCAUCCGUGGUUCUUGCACUGGAUGGCGGCGCAAGCACGAGCCCAGUCGAUGCGACAACGAGGCUUGCUAGGCAAGCAGCAGAAAGAGGGCUUAGUUGACUUUCUGGGUCUCCGAGAUCGUUCCGCGCAGAGAAUACCUUCCACUGCCGAGAAAGCAAAGGACACCGUAGCAGAUCCGCUGGUCAUCGCAUCGAGUGGCUCAUCCGUCUCUCCCGUCCGUAUCCUCAGCCACGAGCUGUCUGUCGAGACCAAUUACACACCGCACGCAUCGGCUUCGACACCGAACGCGCAAGCCGCGGAACGCGGUCAAGCUCGCUUCUCGUUGGUGCCUGGUCCAGGCACGCAUUGGUUCCGAUACCGCGGCGUCUGGAUGCGAUUGACGCGAGAGCGCGACGGCAAGAUGGUCGACCUCUCCACCGGAGCGCCUUGGGAGACGGUGACCCUGACUACGCUCUUCGCGUAUGCUCAUCUGUUUCCUCAGCUCCUGGACGAAGCUCGACAGCUGGCUCUCUCCUCGACCGAAGGCAAGACGGUGAUCUACACCAGCUGGGGACCGGAAUGGAGGCCCUUCGGCCAGCCGAGAAGGACGCGAGAGCUGAGCAGUGUUGUGCUGGGAAGAGGAAAGAAAGAGGCGAUCGUCAGCGAUGUCAAACGAUUUAUGGCUCGAGAUCGAUGGUACGCGGAACGCGGUAUUCCGUAUCGACGAGGCUACCUGCUUCACGGCGCACCUGGCAGCGGCAAGUCGUCCUUCAUUACUGCCCUGGCCGGUCACCUCGACUUCAACAUCUGCCUACUCAACCUCUCGGAACGAGGGCUGACAGACGACAAGCUCAACCAUCUGCUCUCUAAUGCUCCGGAUCGCUCCAUCUUGCUUCUCGAGGAUGUGGAUGCAGCCUUCUUGGGUCGACAGCAGGCGGCCGAAGACGGCUACCAGGCUUCGGUGACGUUUUCGGGUCUGUUGAAUGCGCUCGAUGGUGUCGCGAGUGGCGAGAGCCGCAUCAUCUUUAUGACGACCAAUCACAUUGAGAAGCUCGAUCCAGCGCUCAUCCGUCCCGGUCGAGUCGACAUGAUCGCCGAGCUGGGAGAUGCGGAGCGCGAGCAGGUGGAGGAGCUGAUGGUGCGCUUCUACUGCACGACCAUGCGAGAGCUGAAGAUCAAGCAAUUGGAUCUUCCAUCAAUUACGUUGGACGCAUCGAAGCCCCUUCUCGCAGCAGCAGCUGCAGCCGUCGACUCAGCCUCGACCAUUGCUGCCUACAAGAGCUUUGAGGCCGUACCUGGCCUUCGCGAGGCUGUGGAAGAAGCGGAUGCUGAAGUGCGCCAGCUUGCGGCCGACUUUGGCAGCACUGUCGAAGCAGAGGCAGUUGCCCGCCGCAAAGCCCUUGGACUUGGUGCCGACGGAAGGCAGCCUGGAGCGAUCGGCUCGGCCGCUCGUCAAGAUUCGGAGGCGGCGACAGCGACGGAUGCACCGAUCUCGACCCAGCGGGUGAUUCGGCCCGCUCCGGCUGCUAUCGGCGGCGUCAGCAUGGCAGAGUUGCAGGGUCUCUUUAUUCGUUUCCCUGACGAUCCUCGAGCUACUGUGGCAGCUUUCGUCAGCGAGAACGCCUCAAGACGUCACACGCCCAGUGCCUAG